CCUCCCCCACCCCCUAUCACUCUGGUGAUCUCUUGUCACUCACAAUUCAGAGAUGUGGUUGUGAACUUUACGGGUUCUGCCCAGCACCUCUUACCUUUUCUGCAAGGCGUGAAGAGUGAAGGAAGAGAGUGGGUGGGCCUUCAUAGAGGAAGCUGGUUCCAUGGCUGUCCAGGAGAUUCACAGGUGGAGUAUGAAGUGGGACUUGUGUCUGGCUGGCCUGAUCCUGACCAUCACUCUUCUCCAGGGCUCUGUGGUCCAGGCAGAUGAUGGAGACAAAUCCUUAUCCAUAUCAGUGGUGGAAUCUGAGGACAAGAUAUUUCUGAAGUGCAAUGGCACGGAUUUCUCAUGGGUGGCCUUGGAGGAAUCAUCAAAAAAGAGUUAUCCGAGCAAUAAAAGUGUGGACUUGGGAAGAAAAAUCCAGGAUCCCCGAGGAACAUAUCAAUGUACUGAUGCCAAGGACAAGAAGUCCCCUGUCCUGCAUGUUUAUUAUCGAAUGUGCCAGAACUGUGUGGAAUUGAACUCGGGCUCCCUGAUCGGUAUUCUGGUUGCUGAUGUUAUUGCUACAUUUAUUCUGGCUAUUGGAGUCUACUGCUUUGCAGGGCAUGAGGAGGGGUGUCUUCCAGCAGGUUUUGACAAGCAGAUUCUGAUGCAGAAUGAUGCACUCUACCAGCCACUCAAAGAUCGAGAUGACAACUCAUAUAGCCACAUUGGAGGCAAACGACCUAGGAACAAGUGAGCACUGGAAUUUAUGACUUGGAACAGCACCCCAGCUACAUGCCAACAACUGUCUUCCCCAGUUAUUUAGCCAAUAAAAUUCUCCACUUUUUCACUCA